ACCUGAUGCCCCUCCAGGACGCGCCUGGGUUGUAUCAGACAUAGUGUCAAUCUCUGCCCCCAGCUCGCUUGUGCCGCACUCCCCCAUCUGGCACAGAACAGACGCAGCGUGGCGAGGCUCGCUGAAAACUGACGUGUUUUGCGCAUUUCCUGCACUGCCGUUUAGACAGUCAGGGGGGAAAAAGAGGCAGGUCUGCAGGAAACGGAGCACCAACGGCGAGGAAGCUGCCUGGAUCAGUGACGACCAUACGGAAACCGAGAAAACACACAAGCGAGGACUCGGGGAAACUACAAGUCGUUGUCCUUAAAGUGCUAUUUUGUCUCCGAACUGACGUGCAUAUGCAACGUCCCAAAUGCGUUGUAGACACACCGAGAUAAUUCCGUCCUCUUUCAGGCAACUGAGGAAUACGAGAGCUUUGAGAGAUCGGUCCUGAAGAGGUUCUGCUUCGGUUUAUUUUGCUCCCGAGGGUUGAGGUGGGGAAUGCUGGUCGAAUCUUUCAUGUGACAUUGGAACAAUUUACCCAGCUCUAUUCUUUCAUUUCGAUCGAUUGUUCUAUGCGGAGUAUAUGAUUUGUGAGCUUUGACACCACAUGUGUGAUGUUAUUCUGGGGUGCAAUGGUCGGAGAGAAAUAAAAAGACAAUUUGCGGUGGCUGGCUCAUAUCGAUACGGGUAAUUUGCAUUCAAUUUGAGUAAGUGUUCGCAAGUGAGGAGACGGCGAUUUUCCCGUUAUUUUGAAGGGGAGGCGUGUUUGCAGGGAGACACAAGACGCUACCUAUUCAUUCAGGAAGGCUCUCCACAUUAGAUAGAUUACCCGUUGGAGUGACAGGGAUCAAGGAACACUCCACACACCCUUGUUCCAAGUACAUUUGAGAGGGAUUACAUCACCAACAUGGUGGUUUUUAAUGGGUUAUUGAAGAUUAAGAUUUGCGAGGCUCUGGACCUGAAGCCGACGGCUUGGGCGCUGAGGCACGCCGUGGGCCCAAAGCCCCAGACUUUUCUCUUAGACCCGUACAUCGCCCUUAACGUGGAUGACUCGCGCGUGGGGCAAACCUCCACCAAGCAGAAGACCAACAGUCCCGCGUGGAACGACGAGUUCGUCACUGAGGUCUACGACGGCAGGAAAAUCGAGCUGUCCGUGUUCCAUGACGCGCCCAUUGGCUACGAUGACUUCGUAGCGAACUGCAUCAUUCAGUUCGAGGACCUGCUGCAGAACAGCUCCAAGCACUUCGAGGAUUGGAUAGACUUGGAGCCGGAGGGGAAAGUGUACGUUGUCAUCGACCUGUCUGGAUCAUCCAGUGAAGCUGCAACAGGGCCCGAAAAUGAGGAGCGUGUGUUCCGAGAGCGGAUGCGCCCGCGGAAACGGCAGGGGGCCGUCCGAAGGAGGGUCCAUCAAGUUAAUGGACACAAGUUCAUGGCCACCUACCUGAGACAGCCCACCUACUGCUCUCACUGCAGGGACUUCAUAUGGGGAGUUCUUGGAAAACAAGGUUACCAAUGUCAAGUGUGCACCUGUGUGGUCCACAAACGCUGCCAUGAGCUGAUCAUCACGAAGUGUGCCGGGCUGAAGAAGCAGGAGGACACGGCAGAGGAGGUGGGAUUACAGCGCUUCAGUGUGAACAUGCCCCAUAAAUUCAGCAUCCACAACUACAAAGUCCCCACCUUCUGCGACCACUGCGGCUCACUCCUCUGGGGUCUGCUCAGACAAGGGCUGCAGUGCAAAGUUUGUAAGAUGAAUGUACACAGACGCUGUGAAAGUAACGUGGCCCCCAACUGUGGGGUGGAUGCGCGGGGCAUCGCUAAGGUGCUCGCAGACCUAGGGGUCACGCCAGACAAGAUCUCCAGCACUGCACAGAGGAGGAAAAAGCUUCCACAGGGUCAGGAACCUCAGCCUAUUCCCUGCACCCCACAGACAGAGGAGGACCGCUCCAAAUCAGCCCCUACAUCUCCAUGUGACCAGGACCUUAAAGACGUGGAUAACAUCAGGAAGGCCUUGUCCUUUGGGGAGGAGCAUAAGUCUGGCUCCUCCUCUUCCUCUGCAGCGGGUGGAGCCUCGGAGGGCGGGGCCCCAGAGGGUCGAGAGAACGGGGAGAUCAGGACACUCCCCAGUAAGAGGAUGAACCUGGGGCACUUCAGCUUCAUCAAGGUCCUGGGAAAGGGCAGCUUUGGCAAAGUGAUGUUAGCGGAACUGCGGGGCACUGACGAGGUGUAUGCGGUAAAGGUCCUGAAGAAAGACGUGAUCCUGCAGGACGACGACGUAGACUGCACCCUGACUGAGAAACGCAUCCUUGCACUAGCCAGGAAACACCCCUACCUUACGCAACUCUUCUGCUGCUUCCAGACAAAAGAUCGUCUCUUCUUUGUCAUGGAGUAUGUGAACGGAGGAGAUCUGAUGUUCCAAAUCCAGCGUUCCAGGAAAUUUGACGAGCAGCGUUCUCGGUUCUACGCGGCCGAGGUCACGUCAGCGCUCAUGUUCCUGCACCAGAAUGGGGUCAUCUACAGAGACCUGAAACUGGACAACAUCUUGCUGGAUGCAGAGGGCCAUUGUAAGCUUGCUGAUUUUGGUAUGUGCAAGGAAGGGAUCCUCAAUGGCGUCACUACCACCACUUUCUGUGGCACCCCGGACUACAUUGCACCUGAGAUCCUGCAGGAGCUAGAGUAUGGUCCGUCGGUGGACUGGUGGGCUCUGGGUGUACUCAUGUAUGAGAUGAUGGCCGGGCAGCCUCCGUUUGAGGCGGACAACGAGGACGACCUGUUUGAGUCCAUCCUCCACGACGACGUGCUCUACCCCGUCUGGCUCAGCAAGGAAGCCGUCGGCAUCCUCAAGGCUUUCAUGACGAAAAGCCCCAACAAGCGUCUGGGCUGUGUGGUGGCUCAGGGCCUUGAGGACGCCAUUAAAAACCAUCCCUUCUUCAAGGAGAUAGACUGGGACCUGCUGGAACAGAGGAAAGUCAAACCGCCCUUCAAACCACGCAUUAAAACCAAAAGGGACGUGAAUAACUUCGACCAGGACUUCACACGCGAGGAGCCAGUUCUGACUCCAGUGGAAGAUGCCAUCAUCAAGCAAAUUAACCAGGACGAGUUCAAGGGCUUCUCCUACUGUGGAGAGGAGACCCACUCUUGAGCCACACACACACACACACACACACACACACACACACGCACACACACAUACACAAUUUACACUAACAGAUAUCUUUUUGCCCUAUAUAUUAUAGUUUACAGACACAAGCGUGCACAUACAUGCACAUGCACAAAGGCACGCACACACACACACACACAAACACACACACACACACACACACACACACACACACACACCUGCUUCCUGCUCUCUUCCAUCUUCUCAAGCUCUUCUUCUUCCUCCAUCACAAACUAUUGGGCACACACACACACACACACACACACACACACACACAGCUUAGCUUCCCAACUCAAUAUAUACUCCUGUAGCUGCUCUCCAGCUUUGCUCACUCUGUGAUGAUUGGUCAGCAAUGCUUAAGAGGAGGGAUAUAGAGGCUGAUACUCCUUUCUGAUUGGUUAGUCCACAGCCAAUCAUCAAUGCCCGUGAUUAUGUCUAACUAGCUGCUUUGUAGCCGAGGCCCUGGCCUCUCUAACGCCGAGUGUUUUCAACUCAGGUCGACGAUCAAAGCCUAUGGUGUUUUUACACAUACACACACACAAACACACACACACACACACACACACACACACACAUAGUGGCAUUCCUAGCUGUACGCAAAAUACCCUAGCACUGGCACAGGGUGGGCUGGCUGUUUUCUUUUCAUUAGUAGGAUAUUGAAGGCAGUAAUGAACUUGAAGCAGAAUUGGCAGAAGCUAAAUAUAAUAAUGUAAAAGUAAAGUAAAGCAAUGUACUUUCAUUUAACUUUUUAACACCAAAAAAAAGAGAUACAAGCAGGCGGUGAAGCCUAACUUAGCCAUCACAGAGUUAGCAUAGCGGACUACAUGUGGACCUGGGAUUUGAGUUGGCACUACACAACGAGGCUGCAUGGAACUGACUCUGAUCUGUGCACCAUCCUUAGAGAGACGGUGGACAUGUACAGAAACAUUCACAAUCGAAUUAAAGUUCUCCUGACGAUGCCUGUCUCCACUGCUUUGGCAGAAAGGUCAUUCAGCUGCUUGAGACAUUUAAAGACAUACCUGAGGAACAGUAUUACAGACAAAUUGGCUUUAAUAUCAGGAUUGGCUCUAAUGACUAAUCAUAGAGACUUCCAAAAUGAGUUUUGAGGGACUUUGAUGCAAUAGGGACCAGGAGAGAACAUUUUUCAUGUAAGGUGGGCUAAGUUUUAACAAGAGCGUGUAAAACCAAGGUUGGGUUAUUGUUGGUGCACAUAAUGAGCUAGAGACCAAGAAAAACAUUUGCUUCAGUAUUUAUCUCAAUAAAACGAUUAUUUCUUUCAAAGUGUAUUUAAAAUAUGUGGACACUAGCCCUCUGUCAUUAGGUCAAGUGCUAGAAAGUUAGCUAGUUGGCAUCUGAGUGAUCUGAAUUAGAAAGAAAGCGUGUUUGUAAAAAGCGUACGGCUGAGUUUAUUAACUCACAACUGACAGCCAAAUCAUGUUUUGUCUGGAGCAGUCCUUUAAACUACCAUAAUGUAGGCUAAGUUAUAUAAUAAGAUAAUGUUCCAAUCAGCCAAUUUAUUUUCAAAUGUAGCUUGUUUCACAGUGCAGUCUUCAUCACACUGUCCCAUGCUACAGGCACUCUCAUUCACUUCUGUUUACGUGAAUAGAUGGUUUCUCUACAUUUACUGAAAAAGAGCUUCUGCCACUUAGGUUGUGCGUGAGUGUGUGUACCAUGAAUGAGAAUCCUGCGGGUGCCCCUGCACACACACACACACACACAAACACACUCACACACACACACACACACACACACACACAUACAGUACAUACACUCACAUGGAUUAUGUCAUGUUGAGCUACCCCACAUCUCACUCCUCUCCUGGUUCCAGAAUCCCUCAGAGACUCGGAAUGUGGUCUGGAGUGAAGGAAUGUGAAUGACUACAAAAACAAAAGAGAAGAGAGAGAGAAAAAGUGAACUGGACUGGGACAAUGUCUAGGAGCUGUUUCUCUGGAGGCGGUGUCCUUAUAUUUCAUUCUUAUACUUUCAACCCAUAGAGCACACAUUGGUUUGUGUGUGCGUGUGUGUGUAUGUAUACAUGUAUUUCUGCAGAGGUCUUCGGUGAGUUGGAAAACCCUUGUCAGAAUGCAAAAACCAAAAUUGACUGAACCAAUGAUUGUAAAGCUAAAGGAAACGAGAAGCUGUUCGGCUCACAGAUAAUUGCAUCAAAGUGAAGAGGCAUCGUGGAUGAGAUGCCGUAUGUGAGUGUGUGUGUGUGUGUGUGUGUGUGUGUGUGUGUGUGUGUUUCUCUGUAAAGGUAUUUAGCAGCAUUGCUAAAUUGUGUCAUCAUGACUAAUAUGAAUUGCCUUUUUUUCUGUAACUAUCCAGCUGUUACCAUUUGUAGAUAUGCUAUUGCACCCCAUAUACUUGCAAACUCGACAUUUGUGUGAGCUAGUAUGUUUGUGUGUGUGCAUGUGUGUUUGUGGCACUCACAAGAGAGCAUGUGUGUAUGGUGAAUAUGCCCAUUAGGUUUUGUGUUUUCAACAUAUAUAUAUAUGUUGAGUGUGUGAGUGUGUGUCUCUGUAUAUAUAUAUAUUAGGGUUGUCAAAUAUAAAGCGUUAAUUGCGAUUCAUUAAUUAUAGAAAAAUGAUUUGUCAAAAAAACAUUUACACAGGUUAAUCGCACUCUAUGAUGCCCCUUGACUGCAUAUGUCACUGUGCGUAGCAUAAUUUGAACAGCAAUACACCCAUUCACAGUAGCUUUUUAAACAUGAUGGAAGCAGAUGACAAAACAUUGCUUGGCCCAAUGAGUGGAACAUUUAAAUUUAAAAA